AUGUCGACCUUCAAGCUGGAGGGUCGUGAGCGGCGACCUGGGAGCGGGUGGGCGGAAGGGAGCAGCGAGCAAGGGAUUUACAGGGGGGAGUGGAAGGACGGAUACCCGCACGGGCAAGGGACGUUCUUCUUCAACACGGGGAUCAAGUUCGCUGGAACAUGGCGAGAAGGAGAGCCGGAUGAAGGGCAAUGGUCUGAGUUCGAGACGGGGACGCAAGCAGACGUCUCGCGCAGGUCGAGCUGCAGAUGCACCGAGGCAGCAUCGGCACAUCUCUCAGCUCCUCCCAGCGUUGGCUUCCAUGUGUACCUCCGGUCCGAGCGGAAGCGGAGUGCUCUUGACUGGGAGCAGGUUCGAGUCGCUCGGGAGCUUGCGCACUGGAACGCAGGGUUUGCUUCCAACAGAGAGACGGAGAGCAGAGACUUUCUGCAGAAGCUGCUGGUCGACGACUCUUCCUCCAUGCAGACUUACGCGGUUGUGGAGUUUCCUUGGCCGCUUCGCUCCUCAGAGCCCAAGACGAUGAUGGAGGUGUGGAUCAUGCACUCAAACAGGCCCCGAGACAAGAACCUGAAUAACUUCACUUUCACCGUCAUCUACCUCCUCUUCGACGAACCCUUCGCUCGGCAUCGCUUUCAACGGCACUUCUCUGCCACGUGCCUGCAUGUCAUCACGACGAGCUUGAAGGCCUCCAAGAUGGGAGCGAUACCCAAGUUUGCCUCCAUGCAAGAGAAGAUGGCGAGGAUGGAGAAGCACUUGACAAGUUCAUCCUUGUGUGAGAUCAAGGGCUCGGCAUGGAAGUGGAAACAGCCAUGGGAGUUGCAUAGAAGCUGUGUCCGUCAGCCCAAGUGCUCUGACUUGGAGGGUAAGAGUCUACAGCAGCUGGACAAGAGUUGCAGCCCCUGCCUGACACUAGCAGCUCUGAGCAAGCUGCUCGAGCUCGUUGAGGGCAAGUUUCUCAACGAAGAAUGUCACAUGCUGCAAGGAAUUUCAUUCCCACUCAAGGAAGUCGAAAAGCAUGCAAUGCAACAGCGCAAAAAUUCUGCAAUGGUGGUCGUUUUCGACACGAUAGAGAGUGAGUUUGUGUCAAGAGGGAGAAGAGCGUGUGAAGUGCUGGAAGCGCUCAUGUGGAAGACAAGCUUGCUUGUGAACCCGAGCAAGUACGACAGCGAGCAGGCUCUACGAGAGUACCUGAACUUCAACACGGAGCAUACAGGAGCUCGUUUGCUCCUCUUGGUUGGAAACAUGAUGAAAGUGAACGAGUCUGUGUUCCUCGUGCCCCACGACAGCGACUUGCAAGGCAUGCUCGCCAACAGGCUGAACUUUGAAGGCUACCGCAGCAUCCAAGACUCCUGUCUGCCUGUGGAAUGGCUGCUGCAAGAAGUAGCCAGCAAGAACGGAUUCUUCGCAUCUCCAACCCUCUGCUUCUUGUUUGGAGCAUCCCGGGAGUUUGAAUAUUCCAACUUGAAAGCAAGCUCAGUCGCUGUAAGUAAUACCCUGCUGUUGAGAUGUACCACGGAGGACAUAGAAGAAUGUUGUUUCCUGCCGACGUUCUCCUCCUUGCUUGAGAUGCAGGGGAUCGAACUUGUGGACAUGCUACACAGACUUAAGAUGAGCGUUGAUAACAAGGAGAGCUUCAGCAGCGUGCAUCUAGAUCAUUGGUCCAUCUCCAGCAAGUUCUUCUUCUGGAUGAAAGAGUCUGAGAACGUCGACCUCGAUUACGGGCAGGAGGACUUGGCAGCCUUGUAUCAGGCCUACAACCUCCCCUACAUGUGCGGGCUGCCGCUCCUGGCUUACACCGGAUCUCAGCACCACGUGGCGAGGAGCGUGAUGGUGCCUGCGAUGACGAAGCAUCGGCAAGACUUGCUGAGACACUGCCUCGCUCGCAUCCAGACUCAGUCAAACUCGCUGAUCUUGGUGAGCGGACCUGACGGCUGCGGGAAGACUUCAGCUCUGAGCCACCUCUCCUACGAGCUCAUACGCCGCAACAAGGUCAAGGCAGUCUUUUGGUUGCGAGCCAAGACGUACAAGGAGGCGUAUCACUCGCUGCUUGACAUCGCUCAGCACCUUCAGAUUCAUGUCGGCGCCAAGGGGUCGUUUCAAACUUUGACCGCGAGGUUCCGCAUGUGGCUGGAGGCCAACGACGGAUGGCUGGUGGUCUUGGACGACCUGCAAGACCGCAGGCUGUUUGACGAGUUUCGAAUCCCCGCGCAAAGCCAGGCAGGCAUCACCGUCGUCUCUUCCACCAGACCACUUGACAUAGCAGCUCCCUCUCAAAACCUGCUGGUCCUCGACCUCAUGACUGACGACGAGUCUCGAGAGCUUGUCAUCCAUCAAGCCAGCGACGAAAACCCAGCUGACGUCAAGCUCUUGAUUCAGCAGCUGACCGCAUCCCCCUCGAUUCUUGGGGUGCCCAUGUCUUGGUACCUUCAGAAGAUCAGCCUCUUCAAGCGCGUCGAGGCACAAGUCUCCCCCGACAUGUACGAGCUGGAGGCGCAGGACCUCAAGGCCGUCAACCUCCUCCUGCCACACGUUGGGUACGCCAUGAGCGAGAUGAAGUUGCAGGACAAGCUCAUGCCUGACUUCCUCGCCUUGUGUGUGCACCUGGGGCCCUACCGCAUCCACAUGGACAUGAUUCCUCCGGAGCUCCGAUCUCGCAGCAGAAUGAACCUCGUUGUGCAGCAUGGCUUCGCUGCCAUGCAAGACCGUCAGACCGUCGCCUUUCAUCCCCUCGUGCUGCACUGCCUGCGAGUUCUCCUGCCCCAGGUCCAGCUGGAUGCCCGGAAGGCUCUCAGCCACCUGGGAGCUGCUUGCAUGGAGAGGAAGGGGAGGAGAAUUAAGGUCAAGCCGGAGAGGGGAUACUGGACCUCAAACCUGCUCCAGCUAGUCAGUGACACGUCAGAGUUUGACCUUGACGUCAUCGAGGCGUGUGCCGAGCAUCUGUCGUCGGAGUUGCAGGAUCACGGCGAGGCUCUCGGGUUGACGGAGCGGCUGCUGAACCACCUGAGCUCCAGCAAGGACGCGUCCAACCCUGUGAUUCUCCACACUCAGAUCAAGAGAGCUGAGAUCCUGCUGCGGAAGGGAGACGCGGACGAGGCUUGCGCGCUGCUGGAGCGAUGCCUGCGGAUGCUGCAGACCCUCAGCGCGUCGGAGACGAGGGAAAGCUCGCAUGUGAUGCACUACCUAGGCGUCUGUUUCCUGAGGAGCGGGAGGGUCGCUGAGGCUCUCAACAGGCUUCAGUUCACUCUAGACUUCCUCGAACCCCUCAUACACAAGUUUGCGGACAAGAAGUUCCUGUCCCUCACUCUCAAGUUCGACUCCAAAGUCCUGCAGAAGCUUGACAGCCCGAGCAUGAUUGAAAAGCUGCAGAAAGGCAUCGAGAACGUGUUAGGCUUCGACAGCCGGACCCUAGAGAUCGUCCGCAGCCUCACUCGAUCAGAGUCGUUCGACAUGAAGGACUGGAACAGUGAGAGCUGCUUUGUGGAGAUGCAUGUAAAUCGCAACAAGAUCACGAUGAAUGACCUGGAGAUCAAACUCACUGCCCUUGAGAAGGAGAUCAGAAUCGACGGGCUUCUGAUUCCGUGCGGCAAAUAUCACUUUAAAGUGUCAGAUAUUUCAUGCCCCUUUCUCAACGGAAUGAUGCACGAGGAAAACUUGAUCGUCCUGGACACGCUAUACCAGAUGUCUCUCGCCCAUCAACAGACGAACUCUCUAGAGUUGUCCAUCAAGUUUGCAUAUCAGUCGCUGCAUUGGUGCAAAGCAAUGCAGCAGGAGGAUACAGCAUGGGAGGUGCUCAUCCUGUUGAGCCUUGCACGUAUGAGGUUGAAGCAAGAGAAGUACUCCGAGUGUGAGAGGCUGCUGCAAGACUGCCUGGACCUCUACUCCAAGAACGAGACCAGAGACGCGAGUACAGUGGGCGAGCUCUACUACAACGUCGGUUUGAUCAGGUACAGGUGCGGCCUGUUCUAUGACUCCAUCCACUGGCUCGACAAGUCGAAGCGAAUCGUGGAGUACAACUUAGGGAAAGAAGACAUGCGAGUCGGGAUGCUGCACAACUUGUUGGGUAUGAACUAUGAAGCUCUCGGGCAGCUCCAGUCAUCGAUGUUUGAGUAUCAAGAAGCGCUCAAGAUCUUUCAGGAGCAUCGCGACGUUGAGAGCUGCAUUGAGGUGUUGAACAACCUUGCCAUCGCCCGUCUGAAGAAUGGAGAGGGAGAGACUAGUGAAGGAAUUUUCAAGCAGAUCGCCAAGUGGAAGGAGUUCAUGGAUGAGCCAAGCAAUGUCAAUGGUGAGAGAAGCAAACUGUUAGAUCUCGUAACUCGAAACCUUGAGAUCGCAUCUCCCACACUGCAGCCUGACGGACAGUCAAGUGGAGACAAGAGCAUGCGCUUGAUCUCGCAGUAUGUUGUCACAGAGGACAAUGCUCUCAACGACAUGAUGAACGAGGGCAGGUCGAAGCUGGACUCCUCCAAGUGCAUGGAAGCUCUGCUCUCCUUCAGCAACGCCUUCAAGCAUGCCCUCAAGAGGUUCGGGGAUCGGCACCCCAACACAGCAAGAGCGCUCGUGGGCAUGGCGGCCUGCUAUCACCACCUCGACAACUUGGAGCAUGCGCUCUCGAAGCUGAAAUUGGCUCUCAACAUCAUGAGAAUGUUCUAUGGAGCACACCACGACGAGAUCAUACAGAUCAGACGUAACAUGGGAGCUGUCUUCUUCGACAUGUCCACCAGGAAAGCUGCCGCCGACUCGCAGGCACUCCUUCACCUCGCUCUACAAGAGUUCCAGUCUGUCCUGCAGCACAACGUGUCUAAAUCCGGCAAAGACUCUCUUGGCACCGCGCAGAUGUUGCGAUGCAUAGGAGAGGUCAAGGUAGCGAGGCGGGAGAUGGAGGAGAGCAAGGACCUGCUGUGGCAGGCGCUGACAGUCUUCGAGAAGACUCUCGGCCCUUCACAUCCGGACACGCUCUCCCUCCAUGAGCUACUCUUAAGCGUCCUUCAAGAAAGAGCCCUAGCACAGCAGGAUGCGCCUCGUCGGACCUCGGAGAUCCUUCCAGGGAGCUGGGCAGAGGAGCAGGGAGCGAAGCAGCAGCAGAGAGUGGCGGAGUGGAAGGCGUGCAUGGAGUGGAACAAGAGGGCGAUAGUCGAGGCGCAGGACGUGCGUCAAACCAUCCAAAGGACCAGUCGCUGCAGGAGCAAGGCGCAGGGCCCCGGAGAGCAGGAGAAGACAGGGACGAUUGUUUACGACGACCAUACAAACACGGCUAGAAUCAAGUUUGACAACCGAGAAGAGCUGGUGUGCAGCAGGGAGCGGCUGGCAGAUGCGAUAGAGUUCAUGCUGCCUGAGGGGCUUGAACCCGGGCGAAUGGUGGUGAUCAGGCAACUCAAGAACGCGUCCGUCUUCAACGGCGCGCACGCUCGAGUGGUUGAAGCCAAUCCGUCAGACCCGGAGUGGGUGGUAGUGAAGCUAGCCGACGGAUCAGACAUGGAAGUGCGGUACCACAACCUCGACUAUCAGCUUCCUCCCGGGCUCCGUCCUGGCAUGCGAGUGCGAGCUAGAGGAGUCAAUGGCACGCGAGAAGAGCAGGUAGGCACCAUCAUCAGGACCUUGGAGUCGGAUCCCGGCAGGGCUCUGGUCAGGUGGGAGAGUGACAGAAAGCUUGGAGCUGUUCGCUUCGCAAAGCUGGAAGUGGUGAUGAGAAGGGGAUGGGAGCGAGGUGGCAGAGUGAUUCUUGGAGCCAAGAACAAGCUGGCGGAUGUAUCAAUGAACAACCUGACUGGCACUGUUGAGGACGUGGACCCUGUUGACCCUGAUCGAGUUGUGAUACACCUCAACAACAGCGAUCGCCGAGUGAGUGUACGAUAUGACAAUCUCAGCUUCCUUCUACCGAAGUUUGCCCUGCACAGAGUCGUUGAGGACCUGUAUGGUCGCAAGGGAAUCAUUGUACGAGAGGAUGACAGCUUCAUGAAGCAUGUUAUGGUCACGCUCUUCGAAGUCUACGAGGGCUGCGGUGGCGAGACGGUGAGCUACAACCUGGACAAGCUGACGCUGUUGGACCUCCCGAACAUGCCAGGGUUUCAUACAAGAGCAUGGGUGAAGCUCAAAGGACUCAAGUCGUUCUCUUACAACGGGCUGCAAGGAUACCUCAUGGCUCCCUCGUCGCAAGACCCGGAGCGAGUUGUUGUGGAGCUAGACGGGGGGAAGCUGAUUGAAGUUCAUCUCGACAACAUCGAUGUCCAAUGA